AUGGCAUCCCCAGCUUCGCGCGAUGCCGCCGUGGACUACGAAGGACUCGGCCUGCUUCAGCAGGCCCAGCCCGUGGCCCGCAGCUCCCGCAAGUGGUACUUUGUCGGUGCCGGCCUGGCACUGCUCGGCGUCGUCGGAGUCGCUGCCAAGGCAACGAGCUCCGGUGGCGCGCUGUUUUCCUCGAGUGCCACAACGAAAGGUACCAUCCAGGCCGCUGAGACGUGGGAGGAGCUGCCUGGUAUUGACAAGGUCAUCCGCAAGGCACAGAGCUUGAAGCAGGACAAGCCGAUGCGCAACUUGCAGGAUCUCUUCUAUGACUCCCAACCUGAGGAGUUGCCAUGGAUUCGCACGGAAUGCGUCAUUGACACCGUGCAGGCUGCCGCGUACCUAGGCCAGGCUGUCGUCUUCCUCUACAAGGCCAUUGACUACGAUGGCCUUGAGUGCCCGAACAACUCGCCUGUUGGAUGUGCUGCCAGCGUCGCAGGCUUCAUCACGUCCAUCAGCUGGAUCGCCUCGUACCUGUCCUUUGCGGCGAACGCCUGCGGCCAGGCUGUCAACAACGGUGCGCUCUGUGCUGGUGACUUCACCGCUCUUAUGGCCAACUUCGGCGAGAUCGCCACGGUGGGCGCCGCUGCCAGGGCGGACUGCAACUUCGGCAAGAACGCCCUCCAGAUCCUCACACGCACGGAGACGAUCUCCCCUCCCUGGAAGGAGUUCGUCCCGGCGGGAGCUUCGCCGGCGGUCGACAAGGCCUUGAAGAUCAAGGGCCACAAGGACCAGCAGCGCAACCGUGACUACGACAUCGUCCAGUGCGCUGUGGAUGUCACCAACUCCGCUUCCUACAUCGUCCGAGUCAUCCUCCAGAUCCGUGCCGCAGGCAGCGCCUGUGCGGACCCGAAGUCCUGCGCUGUCGGCAUCAUGAACAUCAUCUCAUCCUUCGCGUGGAUCUCCCAGUUCACGGCCCUCGCGGUUUCGGAUUGCCAAGUGGGCGCCGACCAGAAGGCUUUGUGCACAGCGGACAUUUCGGACAUGGUGGCUGCGCUCACCAACGGCCCGGCUGCCGGCAUUGCCUCCACCUCGGAACGCUGCGGCUUCUUCAACGGGCGGCGGAGAUGGUGGAACCUCCUUGACGUCAUCUGCGUGGCCAUGAUGUCUUUGGCGCUGGCACAGGAGUCGAGAACGCUGGAGAACUUGUCCUCUUCCUUGAGGAUCAUGCGGCUUGUCCGCCUGGUCCGUGUACUAUGGCAUAUGCGCUCCUCCCUGGCCCAGUGGACGCAGCUGCGUGAGCUGCGAAUUCUGAUGACAUCACUCAGCGAAAGCGUUAAAGUCAUGGCAUGGUUGGCCAUUCUUGUUUUCAGUGGCAUCUACGUGGCCAGCCUCGUCAUGACGGAAGGGGUCUGGCGGAAAUGCCCCAAUCCGGAGACGGAGUUGCUGUGCCAUAAAUUUGGCACACUCUUCGACUCCAUGAUCACGUUCUUUCAGAUCCAGUUCAGUGGCUUGCUAUGGAGCCAUCUCUGGGACGAGGUUCAAAGCCUGGAGUGGAUUUUUCAGGCGGCCUUCUUGAGCUAUGUAGGCUUUACGCUGCUGAUCGUGGCAAACACCAUCACCAGCUUCGUUUGCAGUCUCCAGACGAAUGUGACGAAGAGAGAAAGGGAGCUCCUUAUCGACUCGGAGCUCGACUUCAACGAGCGCCUGGUGCGGCAGCUCUACGCCAUUUUCCGGGACUUCGACCAGAACGGCAAUGGCGCCGUCUCUUGGACAGAGUUCCAGUUGGCCCUGCAAGACGAAAGAAUGCAAGCGUUUCUGUCUGCCCUCGAGCUUGAUAUGUCGGAUGCGGUGAAGGUCUUCCACAUCCUUGCCUCAGACUCCACCGGCGCUAUUGAGGAGUCGGACUUCCUGCUCGGCUGCCUACGACUCCGAGGAGGGGCAACUGCCGUGGACAUGGUGAGGAUUCAGAUGGAGCAAGAGUGGAUGCACAGCGCUCUGCAACAGACCAGGGCGAUGACCCAGAGGAUUCUCCAUGUUCUGGCCAGCGACUUCCGCAACAAUGCGCCGCCGAAUGAGCAGCAGAGGAUCCUAGGCGCGCAUAGCGCCUCCUUCGAUCAUCUCUCUGAUUCAGAAAGCAGCGAGGAUCCCAUCCACAACUUCCUUAGGACUGACCUGAUGACAUGGCAGCGGGCCGUGACCCUCCAGGAGUUGCGAACUCUGAACAACGAUGUCGGGAAACUUUGUCAUGGUUGGCAGGAUGCCGUGACAGGAGACCGAAUCCUACCGAGCGAUUUGAACCUCUAUCAGUUUAGCUACCACUACAUCCUGCCGAAGACUGCCCCGAAAGAAGGCAUUCGACUUCGGAUUCCCUGGGGAGAAGGCAAGGGCAACGGAGAAAUCCCCUUGCCUGGACAGGAGGUGCAGCAGGUGGCUGCGCAGUACGCGCUUCCCAAAGCUUCCGGCACAGUGCUGCGUGCCGACUUGCACACAGACGCCGAUGGGGAGGUCCUGGACGUCUUUGUGGAGAUGCAUCAGGGGCGCUUCACUGUCGCUGACGCCGACUUGACAUUGUCUGGCUCUGCUUGGGCAGCGCCGCCCUUGCAAGUCCUCUGCCAAACCAGCAUCAGCUACAAAGAGCUCCUCUCUUCCGCUCCUUGCGUGGCAGAGUGGUACUGCAGCCACUGGUGGGGAGAGCCCAUCUUUAGCUUCGUCCGCUGCUGUCAGCACCAGGCCAAUGUGCGACACCUCAGCGAUCAAAACGCCAGAUACUGGGUGUGUGGCUAUGCGAACCGGCAACAUGAGCUCGAGCUGGAGAUAACGGAAGAUGUCACGCAGUCGUCUUUCUUCAGUGCAUUGCGCAAGUCCAAUGGCUUGCUCCUCAUCCUCGACCAGGAUGCGACGCCUUUCUCGAGGAUUUGGUGCGACUUCGAGCUCUACACCGCCAUCAUGCCCGAGAGUCUUCAGCUCGUGAAUUCAGCAGUUGAUGACGCACUACCAGACCUUCCCUCCUACAUGAUCGAAUCGGGUGAUGCGUCCCACGAGCUGUGGCCUGAUAUCAGCUGGACCCCGCGACCUUCUGACGAGGAUGAGGAUGCAAUCAACAGUUGUUCCAGGCUCUGGCCCGAGAUUGCUUGGACGCCCCGUGCUUCAACUGGCAUCAAAGCACAAGACCUCUUCUGCACGGAAAAUCAACCAAACACCGCAACUCAAACUAAAGAUGCAGCACAACUCUGGCCAGACGUUGGCGGCGAUGUCAGGGCUACACUUGACGGUGACAGCGAUGGAGCAUCAGUGUGCCCUUGGCCGAGCAUUGCUUCGACACCAAGGUCUUCAGAUAGCCAUGGCAAAGCUCAAUUUGACACUGAGGGCAUUCGGUGGUCUCCUUUGCAGCUGGAGAUGUCGGAAGGCUGCGGCGAGUUCCGUUUGAAAGCUUCCACCUGUGCGAGGGGUUACUUUGCCUUCGGGGUCUUCGUCGGCAUCGCCUGGAGUGUCGUGGCCGCCUUCGUGAUCGUCGUCCUCCCCAUCGCAGUGUUGUGGGAAGUGUCGUGGGGCUUCAUCAUGGUUGCAUGUUACUUCAUGCUUGGUAGGCAGGUCCCUCAGAAAGCCAGCCGCGAACCAUCCGCUGCUACUGUUGAGAAGGCUCAUGAACCGCAUGGGAUCGUCGCAGCCAUACGUCCUCUUCAGCUCGUGAAUUCAGCAGUUCAUGACGCACUACCAGACCUUCCCUCCUACAUGAUCGAAUCGGGUGAUGCGUCCCACGAGCUGUGGCCUGAUAUCAGCUGGACCCCGCGACCUUCUGACGAGGAUGCAAUCAGCAGCUUUUCCAGGCUCUGGCCCGAGAUUGCUUGGACGCCCCGUGCUUCGCCUGGCAUCGAAGCACAAAACCUCUUCUGCUCUGGAAACGAAGCAAGCACAACGACUUAA